AUGAAAAUUGCUGUGAAUGAAGAUCAGCUUCAAGAAUCUGAUGAAGAAAGUGAUCUUAUCACUGAUGUGUCACCACAAGCUGUUAAUAAAAAGCAGAGAGUAAGUAGGGCCUAUACAAAUAGGAAGAGGGAGAAAAAGCUGGCUCCUGUAGUACGUGCAGAAAAACUACAUGAUAGUGCAAUAGCAGAAAUUCUUGGGUGUACAGAAGAAAAAUCAGACAGAAUUGUCAUAUUGCAGAACCACAAAGAUUUAAAUAAGUCUGAAAAGCUAGGCAAUGUUUCUCCAAAAGCAAAUGAGAGUAAUUUGCCUGCUGUAAACACUGAUAUACUGAAGGUUUUGGAGGAAAGUGGUGCCCUUGCUUAUAGUGAGGAGAAACCUACAAUUUCAGCUGCUUCUAUUGAGGCAGACAAGCAGAAGGGAAUUCUGAAGCAAGGGAAUGCAGACACCAGUAUAUUGAUGAAAGCAUUUGUUCAGGAGCAUACUAUUAAUGAAGACUGUGUGAGGAGUGGAAGAGUAACACAGUCUGUCUUGUGUACUGGUCCCUCAUCAAAAGAUGCAACUAGAAUUGAAAGGCCUUAUAAACAAAUAAUAAAUACAGAGGAAAGCCAGAAUAUGGAAGGAAACGGGGAUAAUGAUAGCCCAGAAGAUACAUACCCAUAUGCAACUUGUUUCUUAAAUAAUAAAGAAAGUGAAGUAACUCUGUCAAGUUCAUCUGCUGAGGAAGAGGAACCCAGAGGGGAGAACACAGACAUCUCUGAAUCAGAUGAUCCUUUAGAGGAAUGUCGGAGAAUUUUUGAUGAAUUUGAAAGAGAAGCACAAAAGAAGGACAAUGAUAAACAGGCCCAUGGAGGAAAUUCAGAUAUCAGUUUACUAGAAACCAAAGUAAAUGUUCCUGGACAAAAGAGAAGAAUUGCACACAGAGCAAAAUUUGAUGUACCUAACAAAAAUGAAAUGGCGGCUUUUAAAGUGUGUCCUUGGCAGCAGGGUUACAAUGCAAAAAUUCAGCAGACACGCUGGGAGGCAAUGGAGGUUGCAGCUGCUGUUCAGAAGGGACAAGCUUUUAUUGCUACAACUUCUAAAGAGAAGAAAACUAUGUCUGGAUUCUCAGCUACUCGGUUUCAAAGCACUGGACCAAUGGUUCAGCCCAUUGAAGCCAGCAGUGGUCAACUGCGUAUGCUACUGGGAGGAAAUGUGACAACAUCAGUGCCCUGUGGACUUUCUGUUAGUUCCUUCAAAAGGACUACUUGUGUGCCUUGCAAGGUUUCUACUCGGAAAAGACCUUCCUUUCCAGAAUCAGCAUCCAAAGUACCACUUGAGACAAGACAACGAUAUGUUGGGUUGUUUAUUGCAGAAUACUUCAAAAUUUGUAGCACAGUGAAUGAGGCUACUGAAAAGGCCCUGAUAGAAGAGCAAUCUGUUUAUGACCGUUGUGGCAGUAAAAAAAUGUACCUGAAUUAUGCUGUGAAGACUUUCAAAAAGCUGAGGGAUCAUGGGCAACUUAGUAACAGCAGGUGUUCCAGUGGUGCUGGAUCCAUAAAGUCAGAAGAAGAAAAAGGUGGUGCUCUAUAUGAACUUUUAAAAAAAUAUCUUCUGACUGAGGAACAAUUGAAUGAAAAUAACUUCCCUCGACGAAAUCCUGAAAAAAGUGGUAGUGCUAUACUUACUGGGAUUAUAAAAAAUGCUAAAUAUGAUGCUUUCAAAAGAGUGUGCUGUAGGUGUGGCGAAGUAUAUGCUGUUACUUCUUCAGGAGAACAUAUACGUAAAGAAGAGUGCAACUAUCAUUCUGGUAGAGUAUUAGAACAAAAAGUUCCUGGUGGCAUGGAAAAAUGCUAUAGCUGUUGUGAGAGAAUAGUUGGGUCUACUGGAUGUCAGAUUGGAAAGCUUCAUGUUCAUGAUGGGAGAAUGGAGAAAUUGGAAGGCUUUGUGAAGACAUAUGUUAAAUCACCGCCUUUUGGUGGAACGUAUGGCAUAUAUUCUCUGGACUGCGAGACGUGUUACACAACUCAUGGCAUGGAACUAACUAGAGUGGCAGUGGUUGAUGCUAACCUACAGGUUGUCUAUGAUACGCUUGUUAAACCAGAUGGUAAAGUUCUAGACUACGAUACAAGACUCUCAGGAGUAACAGAGGAUGAUCUGAAGAAUGCCACAACAUCUCUUCGGGAUGUACAGGCAAUACUGCUAGACUUGUUCAGUGCAGAUACAGUUUUAAUUGGACACAGCUUAGAAAAGGAUUUCUUUGCUCUCAAGCUAAUUCAUGACACAGUAGUGGACACAUCAACAGUGUUUCCUCAUCGGCUAGGUUUGCCUUACAAAAGAGCACUUAGAUGUCUGGUGGCUGAAUACCUCAGCAGGAUUCAUGAGGGUGAUGUUGGUGGCCAUAAUUCCAGGGAAAGUGCAAUCGCUUGUAUGGAACUAAUCCUUUGGAAGGUCAAGAAGGAGAAUCAAAGGAGGAAACAGUGA